AUGUGUGAGGCUAGAGCUCCGGACUUGUGCGGAAACGACCUCGACUGUGAGGGACAAAGGAAGUGCUGCUAUUUCGCCUGUGGGAAGAAGUGCGUAGAUCUUUUCGAAGAACCCUGCAUGCUGCCUGUAGACCCAGGACGCUGUAAGAGUAUUACUAAGCGCUGGUAUUAUGUCUUAAAACAUAAUGAAUGCCAACAGUUUAACUAUGGAGGCUGCAAUGGGAAUACCAACAACUUCCUCAGCAAGAAGGACUGCAUGGCGGCUUGCUCUUCAGCUGUCAAGAAAGGAGAGUGCCCAUUCUUCCCUUUCGAGGAGCGUGUGGAAUGUUCGGGUUGGUGUAGGAGUGACGCUGAUUGCCCUCAAAUGGAUAAAUGUUGUGAAUCCAUGUGUGGCUUUGCUUGUGCCAGGGCCUGGACAGUCAAAUCAGGUUCCUGCCCAGAAAAGCCCCUGUCGUGCCCGAAGAUCGAGAAGCCCCAGUGCCUGCACGACGAGGCCUGCCCCCUGGGAGAGAAGUGCUGCUCGCUCUGCGGGCUCAGGUGCCUGGAGCCCGUAAUGAUUUCACAGUAA